GCACGCGGAGGAAGGCGAGAGGGACUGCGCCGCCUGGUGCGGUAUGGGGUCUGGGGAGUCUGGUUGUGAACGUCUUUUUCCCCAGAAUUUGGUUUUUGCAGUGCGGGGAGGGCUCCCAUCUUCUCCCUGACCGUGAAAUGAGCUGGCCCGGGUUCAUUUGCCCGCCGGAGCAACUCCGGGGAAGUCCCGGUGGGUGAGACACCGUGGUGCCUCAUCCAGUUUCUCGGUAGCCGGGCGGGGAGGGGGAGAAGGUGAGAACAGCAGGGGGCUAGAAGCUUGCGCCCUGCGCCCCACCCAGGCUGCGGCCGCCCGGGGAGGAAGCGCGUAUAGGUUGAGUGCGAAGUUUCCUUUUUUGCUUUCUCGUCAGAGAAGCCCCAACGGGCGGUUCGGCGGGAAUGCCAAACUUCAGUUUGAGCGGGGUCGCGAGCCAAAGGGUUUAAAAUAAGUUACUCCCCCCACUUCCCGCCGCCGUAUAGCGUCCAUCCCGCUAGCCAUGGGCAGCCGCGAUCACCUGUUCAAAGUGCUGGUGGUGGGUGACGCCGCAGUGGGCAAGACGUCCUUGGUGCAGCGAUAUUCCCAGGACAGCUUCAGCAAACACUACAAGUCCACGGUGGGAGGGCAGGAGCGCUUCACCUCUAUGACCCGACUUUACUAUCGGGAUGCAUCUGCCUGUGUUAUUAUGUUUGAUGUUACCAACGCCACUACCUUCAGCAACAGCCAAAGAUGGAAACAGGACCUGGACAGCAAGCUCACACUGCCUAAUGGAGAGCCGGUGCCCUGCCUGCUCUUAGCCAACAAGUGUGAUCUGUCCCCUUGGGCAGUGAGCCGAGACCAGGUUGACCGGUUCAGUAAAGAGAAUGGUUUCACAGGUUGGACAGAAACAUCAGUCAAGGAGAACAAAAAUAUUAAUGAGGCCAUGAGAGUCCUCAUUGAGAAGAUGAUGAGCAAUUCCAGGGAAGAUAUGUCUUUGUCCACCCAAGGGAACUACAUCAACCUGCAGACCAAGCCCUCUUCCAGCUGGGCCUGCUGCUAGUAGCGUUUGGCUUGUUUUCCCUCCCAGUUCUAGGAGAUCCUUCUCUUCCCUUUGGUUGCCCACCCAGCAGUUUUACUAAGUACAUUUGAACUGUCUGCUGCUGACGGUCCAGUAAGGAGGGCCAUCAUCACUAAGAAAAGACACGUGGGACCCAUGGGCAUUUCUGCUGCCUCUGCUGCAAGUUGCCUGUCACUUGCUGCUGGCUCACGGGGCCCAGUCAGUGCCUUCUGUCCAGAAAAGAUCAUCUCAUCUCUCAAUUUGUGAUCUGGGAUUUUGUGGGAAGGAUUAGAAGUCAGCAUCUGUGUUUUACGGAUCAUAAUUCUCACCUACUUUUGAGCAUAUUUUUCCAUUUAAUGUAUGUUGAUAUCUCAAUCUGAUAGGACUUCAGAUUGCAAGGAAAAUGAGAUCAAAGGUCAUUUCCCAAAUUCCUUGUUGAUCAUUGCUUUCAGAUUCUUUCUGUCUUGGACUUUGAAUUUAAACACCUGAUUCUGAGAUACAGGAGAAAUGGGGCUGGAUAUCUAUGGGUUUAGGGCUACUGGAGGUAAACCAAAAGUCACUAUUUCUUUAAGCUUCUCAAGUCAUAUUAGCUUUCUUUUGUCUUGGUUUUAAAAAUAGUUAACCUUUUAAAUGAUCUGUCUUUGGUUAGAGCGAUUCUUUCCCCAAAAAAUUAAUUCUCACUUUAAGGUUUUCUAGUGUCUCUCUCCCAGUGGGAUGGGGACAGGGUUUGCAGGUUGAUGUCUUGCCACGUAAUGCUGCAAGUGACAUCAGCUGGCCGUGGUACCCUGAACUAGGUCUAUUCCUCACAGCUCUGGGAGUCUGAAUGGAAGAAGAGGGUCAGGUUAACAGAACAAAAUCCUAUGGGGCAACUUGCUUAGGAGCACUUUGGGUGUCUAGCACUUAACAGCCAUAGAAAAUAAAUAUUAUGUGUAGACCUUUGCCUGGGGGUGGAGAGUAGAUAGACAGAAAAUCAUUAGGUAAUUUAAGUGCUAAAUUGGGUGGAGUUUUUAGUAUCAAAUCACUUCUAGACAGUUUAAUUUGUUAAAUUCUCACAGGAUGGUGAUUUAUAACCUGUCCAACGUUAUGAAUAUUCUUAGUGAGCUCAGGCUUAGAGCUCUUUGAGAGACACUUACCUAAAUAAGUGUUCUAAGUCAGUGGUUCCCAAAUCUGACUAAUGAGAACCACCUGGGAAGUUUAACGAUUUUAAAAUAAAAUGUUUUAAGAUUUCUGUUUCCCAACCUCAAACCUACUGAACCAAAAUGUCCAGGGAUGAAGCUUGGGGAUUUGUUGUUGUUGUUUUUCAGAGUUUCCCAGGCAAUUCUGAUCAGCCCGGUUUGGAAACCCUUGCUGGAGAACGUGGUAAAGAUGCAGAGACCCAGGCCUUCCCUGGGCUUCUGCAGGCUCCAUUAAUUCUCCAGGUGAUUUUGACACACACCAGACUUUGAAAAGCACUGUCCUAAGAGAGCUCAGAGGCCAAAUAUCAGAGCCUUCGGUGGUUUGUUUGUUUUUAAUGCCAGUUGUUAUAAAUUUUGCACAAUCUUCUGAGACCUUCAGGUUCUCUUUUGUAUUACUCUUUCCAGGUAGGGUUUUUAUUACAAUGAUUCUGAAAAUAAUAGUGGAAUAACAAGUUCUCUAUGAAAAUAAAAUUGAUUUUUAUUCACUGGUUUGAACCCCUGAAAAAGCACAAAUAAAUGGGAAAUAAGUAUUG